CGUGCCCGUUGUGCGCGAGCGAGAGCAGUUAUAAAGAUGUUGUGGACACAGGGCUUAGCCUAGCCUAGCUUAGCCAGUUAGCUGGAACAUGCGGAUUAAACAGGAGGGUCAGUAAAUAAACCCAGUUUGCUCUUGAUCCCGGAACUGGACUGGACUGGAGAUGGCUGGAAUCAUUAAAAAACAGAUCCUGAAGCAUUUGUCCAGGUUUACGAAGAACCUGUCUCCGGAUAAGAUCAACCUGAGCACCCUUAAGGGAGAAGGUCAGCUCUCCAACCUGGAGCUGGAUGAGGAGGUUUUGCAGAACAUGCUGGAUCUGCCCACGUGGCUCUCCAUCAGCCGGGUCUACUGCAACAAAGCUGCCAUCAGAAUCCAGUGGACAAAAUUAAAAACCAGCCCCAUAUGCCUGUUUCUCGACAAGGUGGAGGUAGAGAUGAUGACCUGUGAGGAGCCCCGUCCUCCUAAUGGCCCCUCCCCCAUAGCCAUCACUGCAGGUCAAAGUGAGUACGGCUUUGCCGAGAAGGUGGUGGAGGGCAUGUCGGUCAUCAUUAACUCCAUCGUUAUUAAAGUAAAGUCCAAAGCGUUUCACGCCUCCUUCGAGCUCUGGCAGCUUCAGGGCUACAGUCUGAACCCUAAGUGGCAGAAGAGUGACCUCCGAUACACACGAAUCACACACCCUAAGAGAGGAGAGGUGCUGACCUUUAAAGAAAUCAACUGGCAGAGUUUGCGUAUCGAAGCAGAUGCUAUAGAGAGCGAGGAACAGGAUUUAGGGAACACACCGCUACGCCUCAUCACCAACCAGGGGCGCAUCCGGAUCGCUCUUAAACGCAGAGUGAAGGACUGUAACGUUCUGGCAUCAAAGCUGCUCUUCAUCCUGGAUGACCUGCUGUGGGUCCUGACCGACUCUCAACUUAAGGCAGUAAUCCAUUACGCCAAAUCUCUAAGUGAGGUCAUGGAGAAAUCUGCACAGCAGAGGAAGAGCAUGGAGACAGUCCCGACCUCUCCUGGACCUCGUCCACCGUGGCCAGAGCCACACCCGGUUCCCGUGUCGACGCCCAACACGUUGGCACAGUAUUUCGACCUUUAUGAUGUGAAAGAGUCGUCAUAUCACACGUUUAUUUCUCGCCUUGACCUGCACAUCUGCAACGACAGCUCACCAUCAGAAACAGAUGAAGCCCCCAUACCAGGCUCCCAGGGUGCAAUGCAACUGACCUUUCGUAAGCUGGGCUUUGAUUAUUACCCCUUCCACAGGCCAGGCGAUGGCUGUCGGCAUUGGGAGCGUUACUGCAGUGCUUUAGACUCUCGCACUCAGUGGGCGUCCAAACUGUUACAGGACUUUCAGAAGAAACUGGAGAGCUCAGGAUUUCCCCAGCCUCCAUCUGAACCUCGAGAUGGAGAGUCAGUUACAAACUCUGAUGAAAGUUUGGCUUUAAAGAAACUCCGCUCUAGCUGUAUGGUGAUCCGCGUGGACGAUCUGGACAUUCGCCAGGUGUCCACCGGGGGGCGUCACAGCAAGAAAACCCAGUCGCUUUUAUCGUGUAACCGCAAAGUGCUGAACAUGGCGGAGAACACACCUGCGAUCCACCUGCAGUUCACAGAGUAUUACUUCCCCCACAGCGCCGGAGGACCCGUGCCCUGCUCUAAUCUGUACGGUCAGCUGAACGGUCUGCAGCUGUGUGUGGACGCUGCGAGUGUGUUGUGGAUGUAUGUGUUUUGCCACGGCUUGCUGACGACUCUGGAGCAGGUCAAGGCCUUCUACCACCUGCAGGACAGCAGCAAAAGCGAGGAACACGUGGACGUCCGUGUGGACGCUACGCAGCUCAAGCUGAUUGUUCCUCUCGACUCGUCCAUCCUGGAUCACCCCGAUCGUCCACACGCUCUGGCUUUCACCCUGUCUCAGGCGUUCAUAAGCAACACCCAUCACUCUCCUCACUCGUCCUUGUCCGACCUGGAAUCCACGUUCUCUUCGUUCUCCGCACAUCCGUUUUUCCGUCCAUCCCCACCAGUCCCCCCUUUUCCUCGUGACCAGAACACCCUGCACCCUCUUCCUCCAGCCUUCUUAAAGUCAGAGUCUUCGUUUUCGCUUUCACGUUCUUCUUCCUCAAGGGACGUGUGGAGUAUCAGCCUGUCCCGGGCAGCGGGGUAUUUUGAGGGCGCGCGGCGAGGAGGCAAAGUGCCGCCGUUCAUGGAGCCGUUCACCGCGUGCGUGUGGAUGUGCCGCCCGCAAGCCCUAACGAAGUCGUUAAGUCAGGUUUUAACAAGGGCGGAAAACGGUGCCGCGAAUCCGCCCGGUCACGACGCUCCAUCCGCAUCCGUCCACCUCCUGGUUCAGUCCAUCACCCCAAUCCGAAUGUGGCUCAGUCAUUACCAGUACGUCGCUCUGCUCCGGAUGAAAGAUUAUCUCGCCAGGUUGGGCUCCGACCUCAAUCGCAUUCCGAGCGCGAAGACCAGAACCGUGUCUCCUCCCACCGUCUGCAUAUCCCUCCUCAUCGAAGCCGUGGAGCUCGGUCUGCUCCUCCCACCCGUCGUCGGGAAACCAGAAGACGACGAAGCGCCCGAGGACACCGACACGCAAAGCCUGACCGACUCCGAUCUCUCGCCGUCACGGCCGGACAGCGGGAUAAUGGGAAGCGCGGAAAAAUCGUCGGAGCAGCAGCAGGAGGAGGAGCGUGAUGGCGCAGGGGAGGGGCCUGUUGAGGAGGCGUGUGAAGCUGUUGAAGAGGGAUUGGAUGAAAGGACCGGCCAGGGAGACGAAUCCCAGGGCAGUGUCACUUCACCACCGCCGUCUUCAGCCACAGUGCAGAAUCCAAACGCUUCUACGGUCAGCCUGGAGGGGGAGCUGUCCAACGCGCUCAGCGUGACCAAAGACGUGACUAAAGACGCCUUCAAUGCGUCCCUGGACCUCACCAAGGGGGCGCUGUCCAUCACUAAAGACGCUUUUAGCAUCCUGAGCCGCGGUUCUGCCAUGAGCAAAAUAUUCAGCACUCAGAGCAAGGAACCAGACGACUCCAGUUUGCGUCUGCCACCCCUCAAACACUCGCUUUCCCAGAAUUCCUGUGACAGCGUGGUCAUGGACACCAGCGCGGCUGACGAUGGUCUCUCACUGGACAGCGACACCAGUGAAAACUUUGUCAUCCUCACCGACUCGGAGUCCACUCGUCCCAACGGCACUCCCAUUCACUCAUCGGCUGAUCUGAGCAGCUCCCUGUCUCAGAGCACUGAAGACAUGUCUCAGGAAAUGGUGUGUGUGGUGUUGCUGUCUGUGCGUGCACUUCGCUCUCUGAUGGAGUUCCACGCGCAGGACGCAGUUGUCGCGAUGGAGGUUCAGUCCGUUACGCCUAAGCAGCUGGGAAACCAGCGAGUUCUGGAGCUACAGACGCUCGUACAAGGCGCUCUAUCUCCGCCCGUGUCUCCUGUGUCCCGCCCACCAGUGGUGUGUCUGAGGGCGGAGGCGGGGCCAGGGGCAGGGCGUCAUUGCUGCACGGCGGAGAGUGCGGGGUUCAUAGAGGUGUGUGUGCGUGGGUGCGAGGCAGAGCUGCUCACCUCGACCAUAAACACACUCGGGCCGUUCAUGGAGGACGAGCUGAACGCAGACGCCCAGCCAAUCAGGAUCACCGUACACAACACGCGCGUCACACUCAAGGAUGAUGGUCCUCGUGUUUAUCCCACCUCCCCCCAGCCUGUUCCCGUUUCCUUUCUUCUAGACGGUAUAGUUCUGGAACGUCUGGACGACACCAUGCUCACAGUCAGACCCACUGCCAGCCAAUCGGGAAGCAAAGCCUGCUGUGAACCUGAACGAGAUGACACGAUCCAGGCCCUACACUCCAAGCUCUCAGACGUUCACUCCGCCCUCUCCGCUGCCGUCUCCGACCGAGAACGUCUCUUACAGGAAAUCCGCAAAUACGACCCGUACUUCGCGCUGUGACCUUACACCACCAGCAUGGGGGAAGGUCGGGGGUCAUGGUUCAAACGCAAGAACUAAAUCUGUGGGUGUGGAGUGUUUACUUACUGUGUCGUCCAAUGUCAACCAGGUGCCAUGAACUUCCUGUUACUUCGUGACCGUGACAGUGUUACAGCUUUUUUUUAAUACUGAUUUUCCUUUUUUUUUUUUUUUAGCUGUUAAUAGAGUGGUGUGUUUAGUCUGGGUUUACACAUGUGUAUAUGUGGUGUGUGUGUGUGGUAGAGAGAAAGGGUUAAGGAGAAAAGUGAGAAAACACUGGUCCUCAGUUUUAUUUCAGCUGCAGUGUGUGUGUGUGUGUGUGUGUGAAAGAGAGAGAGUCCAUGAGAAGAAUGAAAACACCGCACUGGUCCUCACUCUUAUUUCAGAUGUAUGUGUGUGUGUGUUAAGGCAGAUAUGUGUGAGAUGUGAGUUUUAGGGACUUUCAAUAAUACACACAAAGUGCAGCUGAAAUAAAAGUGAGGACCAGUGUGGCGUUUUAAUUUUUUUAUGAAAACACACACACACACACAUACAUACAUACAUA